UCCUGGCUCUCUCUCUUCCACUCACUUCACUAAACUUGUUCCCAAUCUGAAUUAGAUCCCUUUCUGCUCCUGCCUCACUCAGGGAAGGCAAGCAGUCCAAAAACUGCGGGAUUUAGACAUUUCCCAAAUGAAAGAUUAAUGAAAGACACAACGACACUGCAAAGAACAAGACUAGAAAGAAGGAACAAUAUUAGUUUGGUGAAACAUGUCUUUGAUUUGGCUGCUGCUGCAUGUAUGCAUCCAUGGCAUUUCUGGCAUGAUAUUGUUUGGAGACAUGGCUGAUCAAGACAGCACCCUCAGUGUGAGCAUCCCUGUGGAACAGCCACUGCGCCCCCUACUUGGGGGGAGCAUGGUUAUCCCUUGCUACUUUCAGGACAUCACCCUCCAUAACCCUGGCACCUUGACCUCCCCAACCAAUGCCCCACUGUCCCAGCGUAUUAAAUGGAGUCACAUCCACAAGGGCAAAAUAUCUCUUAUCCUGGUUGCCACUGAGGGUCAGGUCCAGGUUGAGACAGAGUACUUGGACAGGGUUCAUCUCGUAAACUACCCCAUAGUGCCAGGUGAUGCUACCAUUGAAAUCUCAGAACUCCGUUCCCAUGAUUCUGGCACCUACCGGUGUGAGGUCAUGCAGGGAAUUGACGAUAACUAUGAUUCGGUGGAAAUGCAAGUACAAGGUAUUGUAUUUCACUACCGAGCAAUUUCUACCCGAUACACAUUAACCUUUGAAAUGGCAAAAGCAGCCUGCAUUCAGAACAGUGCUGUUAUCGCAACUCCAGCACAGUUGCAAGCUGCCUAUGAUGAUGGAUUCCAUCAGUGUGAUGCUGGCUGGCUUUCAGACCAAACCGUGAGAUAUCCUAUCCAUGAACCGAGGGAGCCUUGUUAUGGAGACAAACACAAUUUCCCAGGUGUUCGAACAUACGGAGUCCGAGACAUCAAUGAAACCUAUGAUGUGUACUGUUUUGCAGAGAAAAUGUCAGGCAGAGUGUUCUACUCCAUGUCUGUGGAAAAGUUCACAUUUGCAGAUGCUGAAGACCAAUGUGCAAAGUUGGGAGCUCAAUUAGCUACCACAGGGCAGCUGUACCUAGCAUGGAAGACUGGUAUGGAUGUGUGCAACGCUGGCUGGCUAGCAGACAGGAGUGUGCGGUACCCUAUAAACAUAGCUAGACCCCAAUGUGGUGGGGGGCUUUUGGGAGUGCGAACAGUUUACCUGUUUCCAAAUCAGACUGGUUAUCCAUACCCAGACUCCCGCUAUGAUGCAAUCUGUUAUGAAGAUAAAGGAGAUAAGGUCUUAAUAAAGACCACACCAUUUCCAGAAAUAUACACUCCCACCGAUUCUGUGUUAACAGUGGCUACAGUCACAUCAAGCUCUUUAGAUUAUACAGAACAAGUGACCACUGAAGGAGAGGUCCGUGGCCAACUAUUGACAGAUGAGCCCUUUAACACAACAAGCACAGAAAGUCCACUAUCUCCACCUCUCAACAUAACUGAUGUAGAAGACAUCAUCAAUGAGGCCACAGCUCCACCUUCCUUGGAACAUGCAAUUCCCAGUGUCAAUGUCACUGCUAAAAUCAAGGGAGUAGUAUUCCACUAUCGUGCUGACUCUAGACGCUAUGGUUACACCUUUGAGGAAGCACAAGAGGCUUGUCAGAAGCUGGGAGCAGUCAUUGCCACUCCUGAGCUCCUUCAGGCUGCUUAUGAAGCUGGCCUUCAUCAAUGCAGUGCAGGUUGGCUACAGGAUCAAACUGUCAGAUAUCCAAUUGUGCAUCCUCGAAAGAAAUGCUCUGGAGAUCGUGGGGAUGUCCCUGGUGUACGCUCUUACAAUAUUAGGCCUGCACAUGAACGGUAUGAUGUGUACUGUUACAUGGACCAAAUAAAGGGAGAGAUCUUCCAUGCGAGCUCACUAGCUGGCUUUACCUACUAUGAAGCUGUUGCCCAUUGCAGAAAACUGAGUUCUACUCUUGCCUCAACUGGAGAACUCUAUGCAGCAUGGAAUCAGGGUUUCCACAAGUGCAGCCCUGGAUGGCUGGCUGACCGCAGUGUCCGCUAUCCUGUCCAUAGCCCAGACUUCGAUUGUGGUGGAAACAAAACUGGAGUCCAGACAAUUUAUGGCCAACCAAACCAAACAGGCUCCCCACAUCCAUACUCUAGAUAUGAUGCAUACUGUUUUAAAGCAAAUCUCUCUUUGGUGCUUGAUGAAGAUAUGCUGAAUGCUACAAAUAUUGAAAAAGAUCUUAACAUUACAGACAUAACAAUGCUGCUGAGACCUGUCCGUCCAAUUGUCCCUCCCUUGUUUGUGGACAUGUCUGGAUCUGGAUCUGGAUCUGGAUAUGCAUCUGGAUCUACAUCUGGAUCAGGGUCAGAUUCAGAUUCAGCCUCAGGCUCGGCAUCAGGUGUUCAUGAUUCUAGCUCCGGUUACAUAUCAGGAAGCGGCAUAGCCAGUGGUAGCGCAUCAGGUUCUGGCCAAAGUGGUGAUGGAUCAGGUUUCCUUGUGAGGUACCAAGAAGGUACAGGUGCACUCAUGUGGUCUUCUGCCUCCGGUAGUGCUUCAGAGGCUAAAGACGGCAGUGGUAGCGGUCUUAUCAUUACUUUGGGAAUAGAAUCAGGGGACCAAGAAUCAGGAGAGGAGUCUGGACACUUUGAAGUGGCUAGUGGUCUUCCAUCUGGACUUGGCAGUGGAAUAAGUGGUUCAGGAACAAGCGGGCUCUUCAGUGGUGAAGAAUCAAGUGGAUCAGGCUUUUUCAGUGUGUCAUUUGUAGACACAAAAAUGAUUGAUCUUACUGCAAGAGCCUCUGGAGAGCAGGAAUUGUCUGGCUUUUACACUGCUGUUAGUGGGUUUACAUCUGGUUCUGGUUUUGAAACUGGCUCUCCCAUUGGAUUUGAAUCAAGCUCUGCCUCUGGAUCUGGUUCUGGCUUUGAAACUGGCUCUGCCAUUGGAUUUGAAUCAAGCUCUACCUCUGCUUUUGGAUCUGGCUCUGGAUUUGGAUCUGGCUUUGUCUCUGGAUUUGAAUCUAGCUCUGCCUCUGGAUUUGGAUCUGGCUCUGCCUCUGGAUUUGGAGCUGGCCUUGCCUCUGGAUUUGAAUCUAGCUCUGACUCUGGAUUUGGAUCAAGCCCUGCUUCUGGAUUUGGAUCUAGCUCUGCCAUUGGCUUAGAAUCAAGCUCAUCCUCUGGCUUAGAAUCUGGCUCUGCUUCUGGAACAUCAGGUUAUCCCAGUCAUCCUUCAGGUGAGGCGACUGGACACAUUCAGAGACAAGAUGGAGAGAUGAUUAUUUUUACAGAUGAUCAGGUCACUGAGUUGACAUUUAGGCCCACAGCUGGAACAGAACAGGGCCGUGGAUCGGUAGAGAUCAGUGGUGAGGGCAGUACUCCAGAACAUUAUACUGAAGAUUCCAUAUCAGUUUCAAACAGUACUUCAUAUGAAACAGAUGACCUCCUACCAGAAAAAGAUGAGAAAAUUAGUGUCACCUUGGAGGCUUUUGAUGUGACUGUUAAGUCACCUCUGAUUACCACACCAACUAACAUCCCUAGACUCACCACUCCAUCUUCAGCUUCACUACAAAUGCCAAAAUCUACAAUGAAUCCAUCUGUUACCGAAGCUCCUUCUGACCCCUGUGAUCCAAACCCCUGUGGUCAAGGUUUAUGCUCUUUACAAGAUGGAGUUGCGUUUUGUCAGUGUCAUUCAGGAUUCAGUGGAGAAAACUGCUCAGUGUUGGUACAGGGAUGUGCUGAAGGGUGGAUGGAGUUUAUGGGCAGCUGUUACAUUCAUUUUGAUGAGCGUGAGACCUGGACCAGUGCUGAGCAACACUGUCAAGAGCUAAACUCUCACCUAGUUAGCAUAUCUUCCCAACAUGAACAAGAGUUUGUAAAAACUCAAGCUCAAGAUUAUCAGUGGAUUGGACUAAAUGAUAUGGAUGUGCAAAAUGAGUUCCGUUGGACAGAUGGAAGUCCUUUGGAAUAUGAAAACUGGAGACCCAACCAGCCAGAUAAUUACUUUAGCACAGGAGAAGAUUGUGUGGUAAUGAUAUGGCAUGAGAAUGGCCAGUGGAAUGACGUACCUUGCAACUACCAUCUUCCUUUUACUUGCAAGAGUGGACCUGUCACAUGUUCAUCGCCUCCUGAGGUACAGAAUGCCAGGAUGCUUGGGAACAGCAAAGAUCGCUACCCUGUUAAUUCUUUCAUUCGGUACCAGUGUAACAGUGGGUUUACACAGCGCCACCUUUCUGUGGUGCGAUGCUUACCAGAUGGUCAGUGGGAAAAGCCUAGAGUGGAAUGCAUAAGGGGCAUAGAAAACAACAGGCUAAGGAAAAGAUCCCUCAAUAUACGUCCCAAGGCAGUCAACAGUCGGACGUGGAAGAAGGUCCUGUAAACAAAAGCACACACUUCAAAACAUCCAGAGGACUAUUAUUAAUAAAGAUCAUCUGUACAGAAGGCUUAUUUACACAGAAAACCUCAAGAGAACAACCUAAUGUAUAAUGACAAACUUCACUGUAGUCCACCUGGCUGAUUGGUUUACAAGUUUACUGCUCAGAGCUCUGUUUUGGUGAGAAGAAAGAUAGAUAUCUGGGUUUAUUUAAAUUUAUUUAAAAAGAAUAGUAUUUCUCCAUUUUUGUACAGAACUGCUGAGUCAGAAAUUAUCUGAUCUAUAAAGAACAGACAAAAUUGCA